AUGGAUUUCAUGGAGAAAGUUAAAAAGUUGCCGAUGCACGAUAAGAAAUUAAUGAGUUCUGAUGUGGAUUUCCUAUUUACUAAUGGCCCGCUUGACGAUGUGAGAGAUUUUCUUGAAAGAGAACUUCCUUCAUCAUCUCAGAAGAUCCCUGUUCCGGUUAAUUGCUUUAUCAGACUCAUUCGUGUGUCUGUAACGGAUAAUGCAACAGGACAGUGCCAGUUAUCUAUUAAUUAUUCCACACAACCCAUAAAGUACAAUGCGGCCAAUGCUGCCCUUGAUACCAGCUAUUCACCCUAUCCCGAGCAAGGACUGCCCAAAGUUUUACAUAGGCGUGAAGUUAGCUACGCCAGAGAAUCAAAUGCAACAUUACUCAGCCUGAAGACAACCAGCAAUGAUUCUGACGGGUUCACUAUCUGGGAAGAACAAGAUUUUCUCAUCCCAGAUAAAAGCACACCAGGAGCGUAUAAGGCAGGUCCCCGACUGCAUGAAAAUGCCGACGUGCUCUUCAGACAGAUUGAGAAUGACGUUUACAACACAAAACAAUUCAUUUUAGCGCAGCUCCGACUGCUGAAAAGUCGGGUAUCAAAUACAGCCGAUCAGGAUGUAUUAACCGUUCUUACUGAGGAUAUCACACACCAUUUCAGAGUGACCCAGUACGACAUCUGGAGAUUCCGUACUGAAUCCGGCCUGCAAGCUUGGCAGACGAAAGAGGUACAGGAACUUAGCGACCUCAUACAGCACCGAAUCCACGCAUUGCAGAAUCCCACGGACUGUGCCUCUGCCAAGAAAUUACUCUGCAAUUACCCACUCCUGAUCAAGACUCGUGGAAUGGGCAGCCAAAUUCACCACCUCAGCUACUGCGCCAUUGCUGCAUAUGGGACACAGAGAACGCUCAUUAUUAAACCCACGGAAUCGAGCAACACAGGUCUAGCCUUGAGCAACUACUUCCUCCCACCGAGUGAAAACUGCACCACUGAAGCUAGCAUUCCUAGAGUUUUAGGAAACGGUAGGUCAAGAGUUGUGCAAUUCCCUGACAGUGACAAACCCAGACCACGCCCUAGUUACCUCCCAAAAUCAGUCCCAAGGGACAUAGCUCAACGCCUCAUGAAUGCCCACGGCGACCCCUUUGCCUGGUGGAUGGGGCAGUUAUCCAAGUAUAUCCUGAGGCUGAAUGGUGAAUUCAAGGAUUACAUUGAAAAGCAAAGCAUUCGUCUGGGUUACGAGAGUCCUGUUGUUGGGCUAAAGUAUGGAGGAUCUCGGAGUAGCAGGAGGCCCCAGAGGUAUGGAGCCAGGGCGCCAACUCAGCAUGACGCCCAUGGGGCAAAUCCAAAGGGAACCCCACAGGUGGAUGUUGGGCCUGCAAACCCCCUUAUUUGGGGCAGUGCCCGCGGGGGUGUCAUCCACCCAGAGCAACUGCCCAAGGCUUAA